UUUACAUCCGGGUUCUUGUUGCUGUGGACAACGGGAGGAAGCUCUAUUGUUGUGUUGACUUUAUUUCCUCCCCACAAACGUCAAAAUGCCUCCCAAAAAGAAGAAGAGUGGGAAGAAAGGCAAGAAGGGGAAGAAGUCUGGCAAGGCAAAAACCCCAACCGUCAUCGAUGGAAUCUCAACAGAGGAAAUGACAAAAGAGCAGCUGGAAGAGCACAUAGUGCGGCUGUGAGAUGAGUUGGAUCGAGAGCGUGAGGAAAGGAACUACUUCCAGCUGGAGCGAGACAAAGUAAACACAUUCUGGGAGAUCACAAAACGUCAGCUUGAAGAGAAGAAGGCUGAACUCAGGAAUAAGGAUCGAGAGAUGGAAGAUGCAGAGGAGAGACAUCAAGUGGAAAUUAAGGUGUACAAACAAAAGGUGAAGCACUUGUUGUAUGAGCAUCAGAACAACAUCUCAGAACUGAAGGCACAGAGUGCAGUGUCUCUGAAGCUGGCCGAAGACACUCAUCAGUACGAGGAGAAAGAUCUCCGAAAGGACCGCCGUGCUCUCAAAGUGGAACUCAAAGAGCAAGAGAUGGCUCAUGAAGAUGUUAUUAAGAACCUGAAGAGGAAAAAUGAUGAGCAGAUCACAGAGUUGAGGCGGGAUUUUGAGCGCCAAGCACGAGAAAUCGAGUCGAAGUAUGAGAAGAAGAUGCGAGCACUGCGAGAUGAGCUGGACCUGAGGAGGAAGACAGAGAUCCAUGAGAUCGAGGAGAGGAAGAACGGUCAGAUCAACACCUUGAUGAAGAAUCAUGAGAAGGCCUUCAGUGAUAUCAAGAACUAUUACAAUGAUAUCACACUCAACAACCUUGCCCUCAUCAACACACUCAAGGAACAAGUUGAGGACAUGAAGAAGAAAGAGGAGAGGAUGGAGAAGCAGAUGGCGGAGGUGAUCGCCGAGAACAAGCGGUUGACAGAACCACUGCAGAAGGCUCGUGAGGAAGUGGAAGAUCUCCGCAAACAGCUGGCCAACUAUGAGAAGGAUAAAGAAACUCUCAGAAUGACCAAAGCCAGGUUACGAGUGACAGAGGAUGAUUUCCGUGCACUUAAAUGGGAGCAUGAAGUCUUAGAACAGAGAUUCCAGAAGACACAGGAGGAGAGAGAUGAUCUGUACCGCAAGUUCGUCAAAGCCAUCCAUGAGGUUCAACAGAAGAGUAACUUCAAGAAUCUCCUUCUGGAGAAGAAGCUGAAUGCCUUGGCCGACACCUUGGAGAAGAAGGAAGCCCAGCUGAACGAAGUCUUAUCUGCAUCUAACCUUGACCCCACGGCGCUCACCGUUGUCACACGAAAGUUAGAGGACGUGCUUGACUCCAAGAACAGUGCCAUCAAGGAUCUACAGUAUGAACUGGCCAGAGUGUGCAAGGCUCACAACGACCUCCUGAGGACUUACGAGUCCAAGCUGCGACAGUUCGGCAUUCCAACAGAAGAACUUGGCUUCAAGCCUCUAGAGAGUACAGUCGGCGGUCAGACCCUUGGACAUGGUCCAGCAGGACUUGUGUCUGCUCCAUCCUAGCAUGUUAGCAUCCUCAUCUGCCCAUCUAUUUAUUGCCUGGAGCUAAGCAUCAACUUUCAAAGUAAAAACGGUUUUAUUUCAUAAAUGUCAUAUUAAGAGAACAAUUUUAAAGAUGUGCCUGUUUUUAAAGAAACUGAAAUGUUUUGUUGUAAAGUUUUUAUGCAGGGUGCAUAUUAUUUUACCAAAUUUGACCAUUAGGAUAACUACAAGCAUUGAGAAGUUUAUUUCUUUGAUUAGUAUUUUCAUUGGACAAAACAAACUCAUAUGUAAUUUUGACAUGUUUUAGUAAUAUUGUUGGUCAGUAUAUUGUUAACUUUCUUCCGUCCAAUAUUUUAAAGUCCAAAGGCAGUAUAUUGUAUGACAUGUAUUUUGCUAUGUCUAUCAUGUUGAGUGAAAUUGACAACUCCAGCUGUAAGAAAACAUGUAUAUAUCAAUAUGGCCGGCAUAUUGUACAGUCUGUGAUAUCUAGAGAAAAUACAUUUACUCACUGAAA